ACUCUCUCAGCCUCAGAGGAUGCCCAGGGCAACCCUCCCCUGACAAGGCCCAAAGCAGACUGAGGAAUAGGAUGCAACCCUCGGGGCUCUCUGAAGAAGGCUCUCCAACUUUGCUCUGCCUCAGUCUGGGCGUUCCUCCUCCUCCUCCUCCUCGGGGCUUCUGCCUUGGCGAAGGUGGGGCUGCCUUCCCUGCCAGUCCCUCUGGCGGAGGCUCCCGGAGGCAGAGGAGGAAGGGGAGCCCAGGCUGGAGGCACCGGAGAGCCAAGGCAGGCGCAGUCAGGGGCCAUGCCUGGCAGCGACACCGCCUUGGCGGUGGACAGGACCUACUCCGACCCCGAGGGCCACCGGCGCCGCUCCAAGACCCGGGUCGAAAGACAUGACAUGAACACUCUCAGCUUGCCUCUUAAUAUUCGCCGAGGCGGUUCGGACACUAAUCUCAACUUUGAUGUUCCUGAUGGCGUGUUUGAAUUUCACAAAGUAAAGCUCAGUGCAGACAGUCUGAAACAAAAGAUUCUGAAAGUUACUGAACAGAUCAAAAUAGAACAAUCAGUACGAGAUGGGAAUGUGGCUGAGUACUUGAAGUUAGUGAACAGUGCAGAUAAACAGCAAGCGGGGCGAAUUAAACAAGUCUUUGAAAAGAAGAACCAAAAGUCUGCCCAUUCCAUAGCCCAGCUGCAGAAGAAAUUAGAACAGUAUCACAGAAAGCUAAAGGAAAUUGAACAAAAUGGUUCUUCUAAAAGUAACAAGGAUACUUCCAAGGACAGUCUGAAAGAAAUUCAACAUUCUUUAAAGGAUGGCCAUGGAAAAUCCCGUCCUACUGGCCAAGGUAAUGAGAGCAGCAAAACAGGUGUUCCAGGUGUCUCAUUGACACCGCCAGUGUUUGUUUUCAGCAAAUCCAGGGAGUUUGCAAACCUGAUCCGGAAUAAGUUUGGUAGUGCUGACAAUAUUGCUCACCUAAAGAGCAGUUUGGAUGACUUCAGACCAGAAACUACUUCAAGGGCUUAUGGUGGAAGUGCCACUAUAGUGGCCAAACCAAAAUACACCAGUGAUGAUGAGUGCUCAAGUGGAACAUCUGGCUCUGCAGAUAGUAAUGGAAACCAGUCUUUUAGCCACAGUGCAACAAAUGCUUUGGACAGCCAUGGAAAGCUUUCUAUGCUUUUGGAAGAACUGCGGGAGAUAAAGGAAACACAAUCCCAAUUAGCAGAAGACAUUGAAAGUUUAAAAGUACAGUUCAAAAGAGACUAUGGCUUCAUUUCUCAAACACUGCAAGAGGAACGAUACAGGUAUGAGCGAUUAGAAGAUCAGCUGAAUGAUUUAACAGACCUUCAUCAGCAUGAAACAGCCAACUUGAAACAAGAAUUAGCAAGUAUUGAAGAAAAAGUUGCAUAUCAAGCCUAUGAACGCUCACGAGAUGUUCAGGAAGCAUUGGAAUCUUGCCAGACACGGGUUUCUAAGCUGGAACUCCAUCAGCAAGAACAGCAAGCCCUGCAGUCAGAGACUGUGAAUGCCAAAGUCCUACUGGGGAAAUGUAUAAAUGUCGUCUUGGCUUUCAUGACUGUCAUCCUCGUGUGCGUCUCCACUAUAGCAAAGUUUAUCUCUCCUAUGAUGAGAAGCCGUUUCCACAUUAUUGGCACGUUUUUUGCGGUAACCCUUCUUGCAAUUUUAUGCAAGAACUGGGAUCACAUUAUCUGUGCCAUCGAAAAAAUGAUCAUACCAAGAUGAAUCCACAACUCCAGAACAUUCCUGUUUUCAAAAAGAAGAAGAAAUGCUUCUUAACUUCCAAAUCUUCAGUUUUGCAGCUUCACAUCAUAGACUAAAUUUCUUCCCCUUUAUUGGUAUAAAUAUGAUAAUUCCUGGCAGUUCUUGUUAUAUGGAACAAAGUGAAACUUUUAUGAACUAGUUACUUCUGUAAAUCUUUUUGCCUUAAUUCAAUCAACUUUUCUACACUAUGUAUCUCCUAGUGGUCAAGUCCUGAAUUCAUAAUAUUAAUUAGACUUGGGUUUAGGAGCAAUAUAAUAAAAAUAAGUAACUAGCAACAAUCCUAGCUGGGACACUGUGUUUUAAUAAACAAGAAUCUGUAUCAUCCUACCUUUAAAAAAUAACUAGCCUUUCCUUAUGAACCAUAUGCAAACAAUGCAGUGAGAUGUGCACAUCUUAGGCAGUGCUAACUGCAUUUCCUGUGUUUCCUAACGACCAUAAUUCAUAUGUUAGAAAUUGGAUGGUGUUGAAUAACUCGCCUCUGUACUAUUGGCAUUGGCCCAGUAGUUAAAACAUCCUUACUUAACCCUUUCUAGGGUUUUUUUGCAUUACAAAUUAAUUGAUACUAUAUUCAAAUCUGAUUUUGUUGCAUGGCAAAAACAUGUCAUGCCUCUUGAAUAAAUUAAGACCUGUAAAGAAUAUUGUUUCCCCAAAAAUUCACAUUUGGUAUCCAUACCUUUGGAUGGAAUCUCUGUAGAAUAACAGGAAUUCCAUUUUUCUCCAGAGGUGAUGAAACAUGGGAAAGGUUCAUAUUCCUUCAGAAACUGAAGAUAUGUUAAGUGUCAAAUGAAUGAUGUUCCUAAAAGCAAGUAUGAGUAAAUACCAUGCUGGGAGGAACAUAGUGGAUUGAGUAGAAUAAUCUUUUGUCUUCUGUUCUUAUUUCCCAUAUUCAGUUUUAACUCUCAGUUAUUAAAAUGAUAGUUUUUGUUCUCUCCUUGAAUUCCUUCUAAUCAGUAUGUUCAGCUCCUCCUCUUAUCUUUCCUGCCUGUCCACCUCUGUGAGGCUGUAUAAUGCUGCUCUCCUGCCAAUAUCUAGCUGUAGCAGGACAGCUUUCUCAAAUCAGUGUGUGUUUCAGCAUACAACACCGCUAUCACUGUGAAGUUUGUAUUGAAAUAAAACUUCAUGUAAGAAAAAAAUAUUGUAUAAGAUAGUUGAAUAAAUUUGGCUAGGAAGUUUAAAAAAAGGGAAAUCCUGUACAGUGGGUAUUUCUGGUUUUUGUUUAUAAAAGAUGAAAAGGGUCUGCUUAUUUAUCUUUCAACUGCGGUUGGAGAAAAAAUAUCUUGGCACCUUUUCUUAAUGUUGUUUAGAUUAGUGAAGCAGCGUACUGGAAUCCUGUUGCACAUUUCCUAUGUGUUGCAAUGGAGUGUGCACUGGAGAAAUUGCUGGUGAGUUCUACUCCUAAGACACUCUCAAUUCAGGCUCAUGGUUGUUGCUUAUGAGUGAAACUGUGCAGAAGACUAGCACUGUACUUUUGCUGACCCACUAUAGCAGGAACCCCAUCUAUCUUGCAAGGACCAGGGAACAGUUUGGUUAGCUGUCUGAGGGUGCUUCCUGAUGGACAGUUUUUGGCAACACCAGUCAAAAGAUAUAGUACAACUGUUCCCAGGGUGUGGGGAACAAUACCUUUUUGGACUACAGCUCCCAGAAUGUCUCAGCCAGUAUGAGUAUGUAGAGAGAUCUUGUAGCACCUUUGAGACUAACUGAAAGAAAGAAGUUGGCAGUAUGUGCUUUCAUAAUGGAAGUUCCCUUUAUUCAAAAACUCGAUGCUUGCAAAUGCUUUGACAACGGGAGAGAAGCAGGACGCCUCAAUGAUAUUUUAGAAGUGCGACAGGCUACCACACUUUCGCACUCCUGGAACGCUUAAAGAACCUUUUGCCGAUGGUAAGGCUGCAUGUGAUAAGGGCCAUAGACUAAAGUCUGCUUCCUCAGAUGCAUCUGAGGAAAUAAAUUUAA